AUGUCUGCUACCAGUCCCUCACAGUUACGGUUGGUUAUUGUCGAGCACGAAACCUCUGGAAGGCCACUUCCUGAGCCACUUCAUUCACAUACACUUUCUUGGAUUGAUCUGACAAAACAAAAGCCGUCGAAUGGCCUUCCUCCCCAAGCCGACAACAGUGCUUGGGCGCGAGCUCGUCGCAGUCCAGAAACAGUUUUCGAGUGGACAGGAGACAGGGCACCCUCACUGGGACAGAUUUGGAAUGUGAUACAUGCAAUUUAUCUCACACAUCCGAUCUUCGAGUACUUCCGACUUGCUGUUGCUGGUAGCCAGAGUGAAAUCAUCAUAAACGAGCUUCUAGCGACUGGGUUGGCAAUUGAACAUCCAAAACCAUGGCAUCUGAAGCAGCAACCACCUAGUGGUGCUCAGGAAUUACUCGUGCUUCGAAGCGCUUUCUGGCAAGGUGCUGCUUCUCCACUAGGGCCUCGCCCAAUCUGGGUCGUUGGGGACGGCACAGACCAUGGCAUACGAAAACCGCUGGCCCAAUAUCCGAUCAUGGCGGAGAAUCAUCACUUCACGAUGAAGUUUCCAGAAGAACGAGUCUAUGCUCGCCAUCCAGUUCGUCGACCAAAACCAUUUCCAGGGUCGAUUGCGUACAGUCGGUACAUUCCAGAACUUGAUGAGCAUUUCUCGCUCGAGGUUGUCGACUAUAACAACCAGGAACAUCUCCAGUUGUUCAACACUUGGCAGAAUGACCCUCGCGUUGCCCAGGGAUGGAACGAAACUGGAACUCUUGAACAACACCGUGAGUAUCUACGGAAACUACAUAUUGAUCCCCACGUACUGUGCUUGUUCGGCCGAUUCAACGAUGCCAGAUUUGCCUACUUCGAGUUAUAUUGGUCAAAGGAAGAUCAUUAUGGUGCACAUUACGAUGCAGGAGAUUAUGAUCGAGGGCGCCAUUCACUUGUAGGCGACGAGACGUUCCGAGGAUCGAAACGGGUGAAUGCAUGGUAUAGUUCCUGCAUCCACUAUGUCUUCUUGGAUGAUCCCAGGACGGCAAAUGCUGUUGGGGAACCGAAAGCCACAGGAUCGACGAUCCUCUCUUACGAAAACUCUCAAGGUCUUGUCAUUGGCAAAUACAUUGACCUCGGUCACAAGAGAUCCGUACACUCAAUCGCGAGCCGAGAAAAAUGGUUCCAGCUUUGUCCGCUAUUUUGGGACGGUCGAGAGCGGCCUCUUGAAUCAGCUGAUCGUGCGGCUUGGAAUGCAAAGUUGUGA